GCUGGAUGCCCAAAGUACCUAAAAUAAUAGCAAGUAACGCCAUCUGUACUACAGGGAAAUGGGAGAUUAAAUAUAUGGAGACAAUAUGCUUGUUUACUGAAGUCAGCAGCUUUGCCUUGUCUGAACCUCUUGUACAUCUUGCAUGCAUCCAACAUGCAACAUUCUAUGUCAGCCCUACCGGAGCCUUCAACUGAAAUAUUGAGGCAAGCAAUACUUGAAUUGGAAGAGCCACUUGUUUUCAAUAAUUUAUUGCGUAGUUCAGAUGGCAAUAGUUUAUGGAAGUUCCUUGACUGGAAUUUGGUUGAACUUGCUGAGAAAUUGAAGGACCUUAGCUUGCCUUUCAGAAUUGGACUCAAUGCUAAAACCUUGGAACCGCAGUGGGACUUUAAAUGUAGAUUAGAAAAUAUGACAAUGAAAGAAUUCCUCAAGAAGGUGGGAUCUCCAGAACAAAAUGAGAAGUCCUAUUACUUUGACUAUAAGUACAUGCAUGAAUGGUUAGUUGAUAAUCCAGAAAUACUUUCAUCUAUUGACUGGCAAAGAUUUGGUUUUGAUAAACAAGGAGCAGAUUCUACCAUGUGGAUUGGAAGUCAAGGAGCACAUACAAACUGUCAUCAGGAUUCUUAUGGGUGUAAUCUGGUUGCUCAAAUUCAUGGAAGAAAGCGAUGGCUUUUAUUUCCACCUGACUCUGGAUCAGGGCUCCAUCCCACUAGAGUACCUUAUGAGGAAUCAACAGUUUACAGUAGUUUCAAUCUAUUCUGUCCAUCAAAAAAUGAUGAAAAAGCUCUCUUAGAAUCUGAUCUAAAACCAAGGAUGAUAGUUUUGGAUCCCGGUGCGGUAUUACUUGUCCCUAGAGGAUGGUGGCAUUAUGUGGAAUCUAUUGACUUAAGUGUCAGUGUCAAUGUGUGGCUACCUAUACCAGCAGAUGACCAGUCAAGACUUGGGGAAGCCGUUGUUAAAUUAUUAGUCAAUGAGAUUGGAAGGGGGGUGGUACCUACAUCUGAUAAAUCACCUGCUCCUUCAAUAAAAGAAGCUAUGGAACUGAUACAAAUAUGCAUCAAGCAGUGCAACAUAACAGAAUCAGCAGCCUCUUCCCCAGCAAAAAAAUUCAAAAGAAUCAAAUGGUCGGCUCAACAACUUGUCAGUGAAUAUCCCAAAUACAUUUCAUUGAUUCCAAUACUAGAGACUGCAGAAUUGCAGACAUUACUUUCUGGUAACCGAAAUCGUUUCUCAGAUAUAGAUCAUGAUUACUCAAUGGAGGUACAACAAUCUGGUGAUAAUUUACAUGAUAAGAAUGACUUACCUCAUAACAAAAUGACUAAUGUUAUAGUAAAUGCACUAUGUCAUCCAGAUGUUAUUGCUCAAGUUACUAAACUAAUCUUACAGGAAAGUACUGAUGAAAAAUAAAUCUAUUGAAUGAAA